AAUUAUUUUGCAACAAUGACAAUAAACAAACCAACUGUUAGUUCAACAUCAAAGACUAAAAAAAAAUCUGAAAGUUCCUCAACAACAAAAGUUGAUAAAUCGGCAUCUUCAUCGACAGUGAAAUCAUCGUCAUCUUCAUCGCAAGUAAUUCGCGGUAGUUCUGGUUCGAAUUUAGUGAAAAAAACUAGUACUUCGUCAGGUUUACAACAAUUACCUAGUGGUUCAUCUCAUCAUAUUGAAUAUGUGGUGUCAAGUGAUUUAACUGGUAACACCAGUGGUGAAAAUAUAUUAAAUCAAGGUUUUAUUUCUGAUAUAACAAGUAAGUCUUCCAUAUUAGAUAAUACCAACAAUGAGCAAUCAACUUCAACUAUUGUUGAAAGUACUUCAAGCCAACAAUCAUCACAUGAAAGUGCUUCGGCACAAAAAUCGAGUACAACAACAUACGUAUAUAAAAUUGUUGAUGGAAAAGAAGUUCUUGUUGAUACCCAACAUUAUGAAAGUGGCGAUAGUAACGUAGCAUCAUCAGCGGAAAAUAGUUUUUCACAUACCGGUACAAAUAUUACACCGACUGUACGAUAUUCACAAAAUGUACAUGAAGAAAAAUUAGCAUUUGAUUCGGGUAAAUUAGGUGCAAAACCAAAAUAUAUAAAAAAAUCAACAGAUAUUUCAAAAAAUAUUCAAACAUUUGAACGUGAUGGAAAAAUUUAUCCAUUAGAGGAAACAUAUCAAACAACAUACAUAGAUAGUGAUGGGGUUGUUGUACAGCGUGAUUCAAGUCAAAAUGCACAACUUUUAGAUUCAACACUUAAUAUACCGAAUAUUGCUGAUACAACAUUUACAAUAUCAUCGUCAACGAUUGGCGAUGAUACAACAAAUGCUUCGAAUAUCGUAAAUGUUGGAAGUAGUACUAGAUAUUUAGAUUCAGGAUUAGAUAGUACAUUUACGACUACAUCCUCGACACAGGAUGUCUCAAGUGCCAAUUUAACGUAUGAUUCACAUAUUAACCAAAAACAUGGUAUUGUUAAAAAUUUUAUUGAUAAUGAACGAGGAACAACUCAAAAAUUAGGUGAUAAUUCAUGGGAUGGUUCAAUUAUUAUUGAAAAAUCAUCAAAUGCCAAAAAUAUUGUUCAAUCAACAUCAAAUCAAGAAUUUACUUCAUCAACACAACAAUCAACUAGUAAUACGAAUAUAGUUCAUGAUAAUGUGUCUUCCACUUUUGAUAUUGUUGAUGGAACUGUGAUACAUCAUAAUCGACAUGGCGAUAAUGGUUGGAAUGGUAAAUUUACAUUGGAAUCAACAACAUCAAAUCAAAAGAAUCAACAAAAUGUUGGCUCUUCGAAAAUUACAACAAAUGUUCAAGAUACAACAAUUCGAACUGAUAAAAAAGAUACAGAAGUUUUUGAUCAAAUUGUAACACAUCAGAAAUUAGGAGAUAGUUCAUGGGAUGGAAGUUUUAUUUAUGAAAAACCCGUAACUACUCGAAAAACUGUCAUCGAUAAACGUACUGGUAAAGUAACCGAUAUUGAUGAAAAGUCAAGUGUAGUUAGUGAAAAUGUUGUGUAUCAAACUAGUCGAUCUGAUAAAUCUGAACAGUUUAUCAGCGAUGAAAUACAAAAUCAAAUGUAUCAAACCAGUUAUACGGAAUCGAAAGAUCGACAAACCAUAGAAAGUGGUCAAUCACAAACAACACAAGAUAAUUUACGUCUCGAAGGAUCAUGGCAAUUUGGAGAUCGUGGCCAACCCAGAAAGCCACAGGAUAAUCUUCGCCCUGAAGGUGAAUUUGAUCGCCCUGGUCAAGAUAAAUGGCAACCUGGUGAUCGUGGACAACCCAAAAAGCCACAGGACAAUCUUCGACCUGAAGGUGAAUUUGAUCGUCCCAGUAAAGAUAAAUGGCAACCUGGCGAUCGUGGACAACCCAAAAAGCCACAGGACAAUCUUCGACCUGAAGGUGAAUUUGAUCGUCCCAGUAAAGAUAAAUGGCAACCUGGCGAUCGUGGACAACCUAAAAAACCACAAGAUAAUCUUAAGCCGGAAGGUGAAUUUGAUCGUCCUGGAAAGGACAAAUGGCAGCCCGGUGAUCGUGGGCAACCGAAAAAACCACAAGAUAAUCUUCGACCAGAAGGGGAAUUUGAUCGUCCUGAUAAAGAAAAGUGGCAACCAGGUGAUCGUGGGCAACCUAAAAAACCAGAUGAUAAUUUACGUUCACAAGGUGCUCCUGACAGUGUUUUAGAUAAAGAUAAGCCAGUGAAAUAUCAAAAAUUAGGUGAUAGUUCUUGGGAUGGUAGUUUUACUUAUGAAAAGCCAGUAUCUAAGAAAACAACUCAAGUCGAUCAUCGUACGGGACGUGUUACUGAUAUUAAUGAAGUAUCUAGUUCGAGUGUAGUGAAUAAAAAUGUUACCGAAAAUGUAGUUUAUCAAACUAGUCGGGCAACUACAUCAGAACAGUUUAUUAAUGAAGAAUCAAAUAAAACAUUUGAAUCAACUGACAGAACCCAUGUGAGUUCAAGUGAUAAACGUUCUUCUAUAGAAUCAGGACAACCUUCUAAACCACGAGAUAAUUUACGCCCAGAAGGUGAAUUUGAUCGACCCGAUAAACAGAAGUGGCAGCCUGGCGAUCGUGGGCAGCCUAAAAAACCACAAGAUAAUCUUCGACCGGAAGGUGAUUUUGAUCGUCCUGGUAAGGAUAAGUGGCAACCUGGUGAUCGAGGUCAACCUCAGAAACCACAAGAUAAUCUUCGGCCGGAAGGUGAAUUUGAUCGUCCUGGUAAGGAUAAGUGGCAACCUGGUGAUCGUGGUCAACCUAAGAAACCCCAAGAUAAUCUUCGCCCCGAAGGUGAAUUUGAUCGACCAGACAAGCAAAAGUGGCAACCCGGUGACCGUGGUCAACCAAAAAAGCCUCAAGAUAAUUUAUAUCCAGAAGGUGAUUUUGAUAGACCAGAUAAACAAAAGUGGCAACCUGGUGAUCGUGGUCAACCAAAAAAGCCACAAGAUAACCUACAUCCAGAGGGUGAAUUUGAUCGUCCAGAUAAACAAAAAUGGCAACCUGGCGAUCGUGGUCAACCCAAAAAACCAGAUGAUAAUUUACACUCAGGAGGUACUGUCGAUGAUAAGAGUAAACCCAAAUCUAAUGAGCCUAAAGACGAUAAACCUGUGAAAUAUCAAAAAUUGGGGGAUAGUUCUUGGGAUGGAAGCUUUACGUACGAAAAGCCAAUAACAAAGAAAACUACAAUUGACGAUAAAACUCAUAAAACUGUGAUCGAUAAACAUUCGGACAUUAGAAAUAUUACCGAAAAUGUAGUAUACCAGACAAGUCGAACUGAUAUAUCUGAACAAUUCAUCAAUGAAGAAAUACGAAACCAAGUUUCUGAUACAACCAUUUAUCGUUCAAGUGAUAAUAGAUUGGUUGAUGGUACUUACGGAAGUCCUAAAGAUCGACAACCAACAGAUCGUGAUCAACCAAGGAAACCACAGGAUAAUCUUCGCCCAGAAGGUGAAUUCGAUCGCCCUGGUAAAGAAAAAUGGCAACCUGGGGAUCGUGGUCAACCAAAGAAACCCCAGGAUAAUCUUCGCCCUGAGGGUGAUUUUGAUCGUCCUGAUAAAGAUAAGUGGCAACCUGGUGAUCGUGGUCAACCAAUGAAACCAAAAGAUAAUUUGCGACCAGAAGGUGAAUUUGAUCGCCCUGGCAAGGAUAAGUGGCAACCAGGAGACCGUGGUCAACCUAAAAAACCGCAAGAUAAUCUUCGGCCAGAAGGUGAAUUUGAUCGUCCUGAUAAAGAAAAAUGGCAACCUGGGGAUCGUGGUCAACCAAAGAAACCCCAGGAUAAUCUUCGUCCUGAAGGUGAUUUUGAUCGUCCUGAUAAAGAAAAGUGGCAACCUGCUGAUCGAAGCCAACCUAAGAAGCCACAAGAUAAUUUACGUCCAGAAGGUGAAUUUGAACGUCCUGGCAAGGACAAAUGGCAACCUGGCGAUCGUGGUCAACCGAAAAAACCUCAAGAUAAUCUUAGACCAGGCGAUGAUAAGCAACCGAAAAAACCACAAGAUACAGAUAAGACUGGUAAACGUACAAAAUCAGAAGAUGAUAAACCAUCAAAAAAAUCACCAGACAAAACUGUUCAAAAAUGGCGUCCAGCUGAAAAUGAUGAUAUUCGUAAAACAAAAGCAAUCACUACAUAUUACGAAACCGAUGAUAUUACGAAUAAUCAAAUAAUUGAAGAAAAUAUGACAUCAUCUUAUGUGAUUGAAUCAAGUAGUAAAACUGAUGUGAAAGAAUUUGUGACCUCGAAUAUAGUUGUUUCCGAAGACAUUAUAACGUCCGAUAUAUCGAAUUUCGAAACUACUAACAUAAGUGAAGUAUACGAUCGUUCUGAAAUUGUUGUGGAUAACCGAAUUGUUCAUGACAUCGUGGAUACUGUGACUAUAAUUGAUGAAACUGUAGUUGAUGUUAAAAAAUUUGACACAUCCAUCACUGACGAGAGAACAAUCAACGAAUUUACUUCGAUUGUAGACAAUCGUGAAAAAUAUGUGGAUAAAAAAGUAUAUGGUCCUAAAGAAAUUGAAGAUAAACCAAGGAAACCAUCAGAAAAGAAACCAAGUAAACCUGUGGAACAAUGUAUUUGUGAAAUUUGCACUUGUGGUCGACAUCGAUGCACACAUAAUACGCCAGCACAGGAAGAUCAUAUACAUAUUGAUGGACCAUUUACUGGAGAACGGCGAAAUGAAUAUACUGCUACAUACGGAGAAAGAGCACCUGUUAAAAAGCCUGAAGAUAAUUUGAAACCAGAAGGUGAUUUCGAGAAGAGGACGCCUGAAAAAUGGCAACCAGGCGAGAGACCAGAGGUAAAAAAACCUAAAGAUAAUUUGAAACCAGAAGGUGAGUUUGAUAGAAGAACACCAGAAAAAUGGAGACCCGGUGAAAGGGCAGAUGUUAAAAGGCCUGAAGAUAAUUUAAAACCGGAAGGUGAAUUUGAAAAGAGGACACCUGAAAAAUGGCAUCCUGCUGAAAGGCCUGUAGUUAAAAAACCACAAGAUAAUUUGAAACCAGAAGGGGAAUUCGACCGGCAUUCGCCUGAAAAAUGGAGACCAGGUGAACGUCCUGAUGUUAAAAAGCCAAAAGAUAAUUUGAUACCUGAAGGAGAAUUUGAUAGACGUUCUCCCGAAAAAUGGAGACCUGGUGAAAGGCCGGAUGUUAAAAAACCUGAGGACAAUUUACGACCUGAAGGAGAUUUUGAAAAACGAACUCCCGAGAAAUGGCAACCUGCUGAAAGGCCUGUAGUCAAAAAACCACAAGAUAAUUUGAAACCAGAAGGAGAAUUUGAUAGACGUUCUCCCGAAAAAUGGAGACCUGGUGAACGUCCUGAUGUUAAAAAACCAAAAGAUAAUUUGAAACCCGAAGGAGAAUUUGAUAGACGUUCUCCCGAAAAAUGGAGACCUGGCGAACGCCCCGAUGUUAAAAAACCUGAGGAUAAUUUACGACCAGAAGGAGAUUUUGAAAAACGAACUCCUGAGAAAUGGCAACCUGCUGAAAGACCUGUAGUCAAAAAACCACAAGAUAAUUUGAAGCCAGAAGGGGAAUUUGAUAGACGUUCUCCUGAAAAAUGGAGACCUGGUGAACGCCCAGAUGUUAAAAGACCUGAAGACAAUUUAAAACCUGAAGGUGAUUUUGAAAAAAGAACACCAGAAAAAUGGCAACCUGCAGAAAGACCUGUUGCAAAGAAACCAAAAGAUAAUCUGAAGCCGGAAGGAGAAUUUGAUCGAAAAUCACCAGAAAAAUGGAGCCCUGGUGAACGGCCAGAAGCUAAAAAACCAAAAGACAACUUAAAACCUGAAGGAGAUUUUGAAAAAAGAACUCCCGAAAAAUGGCAACCUGCAGAAAGACCUGUAGCGAAAAAACCAAAAGAUAAUUUAUUCCCAGAAGGUGAAUUUACAGGAACUCGAAACAUUAUUGAAGAAUAUCGAUUAAUUCGUGGAGAUCGUGCAGAAAUAACUCGUCAUGAGGAUAAUCUCCGAACUACUGGUGAAUUCAUAGAUGUCACUACAACAAAAUUAGACUACUCUGGGGAACCAACAGAACGCCCAUCACCAAUUCGUAGAAAUACAUGGACUAAAAUUGAAGGGGAUAUUACAAUUGAUACAACCAAUCGUUCAGAGUUUAUAGAUUACACGAAUACAGUAGAACAUGUAAAAGUCACGCCGAAAAGACCUGAUAACUUGGUUCCAGAAGGUCCAAUGACUUUUGAUACUUCUAACCAAACUGAAUUUACACAAAAAGUCACGGAGGUAAUACGACCAUCACGACGAAGAACUUGGACCAAAGAAGAUUUUGAAAAGUUUUAUUCUACUGAAAGUAGAGAAGUGUUAACUACAAGUCAGCAAUCUUAUCAAGUUAUUCAAAAUACAGACGUAAGACGUCAGAAAAUUGUUCAUGAGGAUAACUUAAAACCAGAAGGUGAUUUUGAGCGUCCAAGUAAAACGCAAUUUAAACCAGCUGAUCGUCAAACACCAAAGAAACCUAAAGACAAUCUUCACCCAGAAGGAGAGUUUGAAAGACCUGAGCAAACAAAAUAUACACCAGCCGAACGCCCUAAACAGAAAAAACCUAAGGAUAAUCUAAAACCUGAAGGUGAUUUUGAAAAACGGGAACCAACUGAAUAUCGUCCUGCUGAAAGGCCCGAACAGAAAAAGCCGAAGGAUAAUCUUCGACCAGAAGGUGAAUUUGAAAGACCAACUCCUACUAAAUAUAAACCUGCUGAGAGACCAGAACAAAAGAAACCUAAAGAUAAUCUACGCCCAGAAGGUGAUUUUGAAAGACCUGAACAAACAAAAUAUACACCAGCCGAACGCCCUAAGCAGAAAAAACCUAAGGAUAAUUUAAAACCAGAGGGUGAUUUUGAAAAGCGGGAACCAACUGAAUAUCGUCCUGCUGAAAGGCCCGAACAGAAAAAGCCGAAGGAUAAUCUUCGACCAGAAGGUGAAUUUGAAAGACCAACUCCUACUAAAUAUAAACCUGCUGAAAGACCAGAACAAAAGAAACCUAAAGACAAUCUACGGCCAGAAGGUGAUUUUGAAAGACCUGAACAACAAGAAUAUCGUCCAGCAGAAAGGCCAACACAGAAAAAACCGAAAGAUAAUCUACACCCAGAAGGAGAGUUUGAAAGACCAACGCCGACAAAAUAUGGUCCGGCCGAAAAACGUACACCCAUCAAGCAUGAUGAUAAUCUCCGCCCAGAAGGUGAUUUCGAAAGACCAGAACAGCCUGAGUACCGUCCAGCUGAAAGACCAACACAGAAAAAACCGAAAGAUAAUCUACAUCCAGAAGGUGAAUUUGAAAGACCAACACCGACUAAAUACGGUCCAGCGGAAAAACGUACGCCUAUCAAACAUGAUGAUAAUCUUCGUCCUGAAGGUGAAUUUGAAAAACGAGAGAAACCUGAAUUUAAACCUGCAGAACGACCACAGCAGAAAAAACCUAAAGACAAUCUACGCCCAGAAGGUGAUUUCGAAAGACCAGAACAGCCUGAGUACCGUCCAGCUGAAAGACCAACACAGAAAAAACCGAAGGAUAAUCUACAUCCAGAAGGUGAAUUUGAAAGACCGACACCGACUAAAUACGGUCCAGCAGAAAAACGUACACCUAUCAAACAUGAUGACAAUCUUCGUCCUGAAGGUGAAUUUGAAAAACGCGAGAGACCUGAAUUUAAACCUGCCGAACGACCCCAACAGAAAAAACCAAAGGACAAUCUCCGCCCAGAAGGUGAUUUUGAAAGACCAGAACAACAAGAAUAUCGCCCAGCAGAAAGGCCAACACAGAAAAAGCCAAAAGAUAAUCUCCACCCAGAAGGUGAAUUUGAAAGACCGACACCGACUAAAUACGGUCCAGCAGAAAAACGUACACCUAUCAAACAUGAUGAUAAUCUUCGUCCAGAAGGUGAUUUUGAAAGACCAGAACAACAAGAAUAUCGUCCAGCAGAAAGGCCAACACAGAAAAAACCGAAAGAUAAUCUACAUCCAGAAGGUGAAUUUGAAAGACCAACACCGACUAAAUACGGUCCAGCAGAAAAACGGACGCCUAUCAAACAUGAUGACAAUCUUCGCCCUGAAGGUGAAUUUGAAAAACGCGAGAGACCUGAAUUUAAACCUGCCGAACGACCCCAACAGAAAAAACCAAAGGACAAUCUCCGCCCAGAAGGUGAUUUUGAAAGACCAGAACAACAAGAAUAUCGUCCAGCAGAGAGGCCAACACAGAAAAAGCCGAAAGAUAAUCUACAUCCAGAAGGAGAGUUUGAAAGACCGACACCGACUAAAUACGGUCCAGCAGAAAAACGUACACCCAUCAAGCAUGAUGAUAAUCUCCGCCCAGAAGGUGAUUUUGAAAGACCAGAACAACAAGAAUAUCGUCCAGCAGAAAGGCCAACACAGAAAAAACCGAAAGAUAAUCUACAUCCAGAAGGUGAAUUUGAAAGACCAACACCGACUAAAUACGGUCCAGCAGAAAAACGUACGCCUAUCAAACAUGAUGACAAUCUUCGCCCUGAAGGUGAAUUUGAAAAACGCGAGAGACCUGAAUUUAAACCUGCCGAACGACCCCAACAGAAAAAACCGAAAGACAAUCUACGCCCAGAGGGUGAUUUUGAAAGACCAGAACAACCAGAAUAUCGUCCAGCUGAAAGGCCUAUUCAGAAAAAACCGAAAGAUAAUUUACAUCCAGAAGGUGAAUUUGAAAGACCUACACCCACAAAAUAUGGUCCGGCAGAAAAGCGAACGCCAAUCAAACAUGACGAUAAUCUCCGUCCUGAAGGAGAUUUUGAACGACCAGAACAACAAGAAUAUCGUCCAGCAGAAAGACCAACACAGAAGAAACCAAAAGAUAAUCUACAUCCAGAAGGUGAAUUUGAAAGACCGACUCCUACAAAAUACGGUCCUGCUGAAAAGCGAACACCCAUUAGACAUGAUGACAAUCUUCGACCUGAAGGUGAAUUUGAAAAACGAGAGAAACCUGAAUUUAAACCUGCAGAAAGACCCCAGCAGAAAAAACCUCAAGACAAUCUACGCCCCGAGGGUGAUUUUGAAAGACCAGAACAACCAGAAUAUCGUCCAGCUGAAAGGCCUACACAGAAAAAACCGAAAGAUAAUCUACGCCCAGAGGGUGAUUUUGAAAGACCAGAACAACCAGAAUAUCGUCCAGCUGAAAGGCCUAUUCAGAAAAAACCGAAAGAUAAUUUACAUCCAGAAGGUGAAUUUGAAAGACCUACACCCACAAAAUAUGGUCCGGCAGAAAAGCGAACGCCAAUCAAACAUGACGAUAAUCUCCGUCCUGAAGGAGAUUUUGAACGACCAGAACAACAAGAAUAUCGUCCAGCAGAAAGACCAACACAGAAGAAACCAAAAGAUAAUCUACAUCCAGAAGGUGAAUUUGAAAGACCGACUCCUACAAAAUACGGUCCUGCUGAAAAGCGAACACCCAUUAGACAUGAUGACAAUCUUCGACCUGAAGGUGAAUUUGAAAAACGAGAGAAACCUGAAUUUAAACCUGCAGAAAGACCCCAGCAGAAAAAACCUCAAGACAAUCUACGCCCCGAGGGUGAUUUUGAAAGACCAGAACAACCAGAAUAUCGUCCAGCUGAAAGGCCUACACAGAAAAAACCGAAAGAUAAUUUACAUCCAGAAGGUGAAUUUGAAAGACCCACUCCUACAAAAUACGGCCCUGCUGAAAAACGAACACCAAUUAAACAUGAUGACAAUCUUCGGCCUGAAGGUGAAUUUGAAAAAAGGGAUAAACCAGAAUUCAGACCCGCAGAAAGACCACAACAAAAGAAACCUAGGGAUAAUCUGCGUCCAGAGGGUGAUUUCGAAAGGCCAGAGCAACCGGAGUAUCGACCAGCUGAAAGGCCAACACCAACGAAGCCUAAAGAUAACCUCCAUCCCGAAGGUGAAUUUGAAAGACCUACACCCACAAAAUACGGUCCUGCUGAAAAACGUACUCCAAUCAAACAUGACGAUAAUCUCCGUCCUGAAGGAGAUUUUGAACGACCAGAACAACCAGAGUAUCGUCCAGCUGAAAGACCAGUUCAAAAGAAACCAAAAGAUAAUCUACAUCCAGAAGGUGAAUUUGAAAGACCCACUCCUACAAAAUACGGCCCUGCUGAAAAACGAACACCAAUUAAACAUGAUGACAAUCUUCGGCCUGAAGGUGAAUUUGAAAAACGGGAGAAACCAGAAUUUACACCGGCAGAAAGACCGCAACAGAAGAAACCAAAAGAUAAUCUUCAUCCUGAAGGCGAUUUCGAGAGACCCGAACAACCAGAAUAUCGUCCAGCUGAAAGACCAACACAGAAAAAACCAAAAGAUAACCUCCAUCCAGAAGGGGAAUUUGAAAGACCUUCGCCUACCAAAUACGGACCAGCAGAAAAACGUACGCCUAUUAAACAUGACGAUAAUCUUCGUCCUGAAGGAGAGUUUGAGAGAAGGGAGAAACCAGAGUUCAGACCAGCAGAAAGGCCUCAACAGAAAAAACCAAAAGAUAAUCUUCAUCCGGAAGGCGAUUUCGAAAGACCAGAACAGCCGCAAUACCGUCCAGCUGAAAGACCAACACAGAAAAAACCAAAAGAUAACCUUCAUCCAGAAGGGGAAUUUGAAAGACCUUCACCUACAAAAUACGGACCAGCAGAAAAACGUACGCCUAUUAAACAUGACGAUAAUCUUCGCCCUGAAGGAGAAUUUGAGAGGCCAGAACAACCAAUGUAUAGGCCAGCAGAACGACCAGAACAGAAAAAGCCGAGGGAUAAUUUGUAUCCUGAAGGUGAUUUUGAAAGACCCAUUCCCAACAAAUUUGGUCCGGCUGAAAAACGAACACCAAUUAAACACGACGACAAUUUGCGUCCUGAAGGUGAUUUCGAUAUUCCUGAUAAACCACAAUUUAAGCCAGCAGAAAGGCCUGUAGCUAAAAAGCCUCAAGAUAAUCUCCACCCAGAGGGAGAAUUCGAGAGACAAAAACAAGAAGUUUAUAAACCAGCAGAGCGCCCGGUUGCUAAAAAACCAAAAGACAACCUUAAACCUGAGGGUGAGUUUGACCGCCCAACAAGUAAACAGGUUGGUCCAGCCGAGAAGAGAACUCCAAUAAAACAAGUUGAUAACUUAAAACCAGAAGGAGAAUUUGAACGACCAAUUAAACCGGCAUAUCAAACUGCAGAACGUCCGGUGGUUAAAAAGCCUCAAGAUAAUCUCCACCCAGAGGGAGAAUUCGAGAGACCUGAGCAAACCCCAUAUUCACCAGCUGAACGUCCAAAACAAACAAAACCUCAAGAUAAUCUACGACCAGAAGGAGAGUUGGUUAUUCAACAAAGAGAUGACUAUACGGUUACUCGAGGUGAUCGUGCUGUAAUUAGAAAACAUGAAGAUAAUCUCAGAAUGGAAGGAGAGUUAAAUAUUUAUCGCUCGCGAGAUGAUUACACGACAGUUAAAGUCACUGACCGUGUGGAAAUAAGAAAACAUGAAGACAAUUUACGCAUGGAAGGUGAAUUUAUUGAUAUUCGUACACGAGAUGAUUAUCGCAUAGUUAAAGGUGAAAGAGUACCAAUCAAGAAACAUCCUGAUAAUUUGAAACCAGAAGGUGAAUUCGAAAGACCAAAAUCACCAACUAGAUUAGGUCCAGCUGAAAGACGUAGACCAAUAAAGCAUGAUGAUAAUUUAAAACCAGAAGGUGACUUUGAAAAACGUACUCCGGUUAAAUUUGGACCAGCAGAAAAACGUACACCUAUCAAACAUGAAGAUAAUUUAAGAAUAGACGGUGAAUUCGUUGAUUUAAGAUCUAGAGAUGAUUAUAAAGUGGUUAGAGGAGAAAGGCAAGAAAUAGUUAGGCGGGAAGAUAAUUUGAAGGUCGAAGGUGAAUUUAUCGAUAUGCGAACUAGAAAUGACUAUUCAACCGUGAAAGGCGAUAGAGCAGUAAUAGUAAAACAUGAAGAUAACAUUACCACCGAAGGGGAAUAUACAAUACGCCGACGAGAUGAUUACAAUUGCACAAGAGGCGAACGCGUAGAAAUUGUACACCGAGAAGAUAAUUUGCGAGUUGAAGGUGAAUUCCACGAUUAUCAUAAACGAAAUGAUUAUCAAACUGUAGUUAAUAGAGAAAGAGUUACAGUAGUAAGACAUGAAGAUAAUUUAAAACCGGAAGGUGAAUUUGAAAGACCUGAAGAGCCAAAAUGGUCUCCAGCUGAAAAAUCGACACCUAAAAAACCAAAAGACAAUUUGUAUCCCGAGGGUGAAUUUUAUGAUAAAGACCAAUCUUCAUAUAAGCCUGGUGAACGUAGAACACCAAUUAGACAUCCGGAUAACUUAUUCCCAGAAGGUGAUUUUGAGAAACCACAACGCCCUGGUUAUAAACCUGGUGACAGAGCUCCAAUAGUAAAACAUCCAGAUAAUUUAAAACCGGAGGGUAGUUUUAAUGGACAAUCACCAUCACCAUACAUACCUGGUGAGCGUAGGACACCAAUACGACAUCCGGAUAAUUUGUUCCCUGAAGGUGACUUUGAAACACCAAAACGCCCUGGAUACCAACCUGGUGAUAGGGCACCUAUAGUGAAACAUCCUGAUAAUUUGAAACCUGAAGGUAAAUUUGAAGAACCGGCACGAUUAUCAUAUGGACCAGGAGAACGUAGAACACCAAUUAGACAUCCAGAUAAUUUGUUCCCUGAAGGUGAAAUUGAAACACCAAAACGUCCUGGUUAUCAACCUGGUGAUAGAGCACCUAUAGUAAAACAUCCUGACAAUUUGAAACCUGAAGGUAAAUUUGAUGAACCGGCACGAUUAUCAUAUGGACCAGGAGAACGUAGAACACCUAUAAGACAUCCUGAUAACUUAUUCCCAGAAGGUGAUUUUGAAACUCCAAAACCAAAAGAUUAUCAACCAGGAGAAAGGCCUGUUGGUAAAAAACCUGAGGAUAAUUUGAAAAUGGUUGGUACAUUUGAAGGUAGAACAUCACAAAAAAGUCAAUUCACAGUGGUAAAAGGAGAAAAAGCGGAAAUACGUAGAACCGAGGAUUCUCUUACAAUUGGAAAUGGUAAAAUGGAGACCGUAACAACCAGUAAAUCAUCAUUUGAAAAGAAACAAAGCAGUCCAAUUGUAUCACCGCAAGAUAAUAAAGUGGUAAAUAGACGACGCCAUAUGGAGUCCAGUAUAUCAUUAGGUGACGAUAAAACAACAAUGCGUACAACAAAUCAAAUGAAUUACAAUACUUACACAAAACGUACAGCUAAAGAAAAUAUUGUACAAAAACAAGUAAUUGUACAUCCACCAAAAAUCAAUCAAGAGAGCAUUACCGAAGUGGUUAAAAAUCCUGACGGUACUAUUACAAAAAUUACACGCAAUAUUACAAAUAUUCAAGGUGUUAAAAGUAAUGUUGUACAAGAAAAAGCAAUAAAUGUUACGGAAGCAAAAGCAAUAAAUGUUACUAAAAAUAUAAGUGAUGAUAAUUUAUUAAUUUCAACACGUCAAACUAUUUCUGAUAAUGUGAAUAAUUCAAGUAUACAAGAUUCAAGUACAUCUUCUUCACAAUCUCAUAUUACUCGAAAUAAUGUUAUCGAUAACAGCCAAAUCGACAAUAAAUCCUCUACGCAUAUAACCAGAAACAAUGUUGAUAAUAAAUCUUCUACAAUAACCAGAAAUAACGUUGAUAAUACAACAAUAAAUAAAUCAACACACUCAUCACAUAUUGUUCGUAACAAUGUGAUCAAUAAUGUAGAGAAUAGAACAAUCAAUAAUGCUUCAACACGUCAUGUUAUUACAAACAAUAUCAUUCACAACAUUGAUAAUAAUUCAUCGGUGAAUAAUCGACAUUUUACCAAUCAAACAAAGUCAUCAUCAUUGAAUAAACUAAAUGAAAAUCAUUCAAUUCAAGAAAAAACAUCUCAUCAUCGUAAAAAUAUAAUGUCCUCUGAAGCAGAUGUUACAAAUGCUGUAUUACAUCGUAAAGGUACACACACUUCAACGGAAGCACUGCAUACAAUUAGUUCAGCCGCAGCAGCACAAAAACGAAGUAUACAUAAUUUACAUGAACAAGGACAAUUUAUAAGCAAUUCGUCACAAAGUAACGAUCGACGUAGUCUAAGUGCAAUACAUCGUGAAUCACAACAAUGUGAAAUACAUGGACAACAAAGUCAUCGUGGUAAUCGUGGCCAACAAUGGGCAUCAUCUAGUUAUACACAACAGACAAUUGAACGCCCACAAAAAAUUGUACGCCAGGAUAAUCUAUCAGUUGGUGGCACAUUCUAUGGUCAAUCCGAAGCGAGAUCAUAUGGUAAUUUCUCGAAAGUCCAUCAUCAUCAACAAAAUGUAUCAUCCUCGUCGUCCUCGUCAAUGAAUCGCGUUGAACGAGUUCAACGUCGCUCAAAUGUAUCAUCAAUUAGUUUAGGUGAUGGUAGCUCAAUGGUUUCAUCAUCAUAUAAAAAGGAAUUUAGUCCGAAAGUCACAGGACCAUGUCCUGCAUCACUUUUAGAAAGACCACAACCACCAUUUAAGCAUACGCGUGAUACUAAAGCACAUAAAUUUUAUAUGCCGGUCGUAUCAUCAAAAUAAUUAUUAAUAUUUCUAAUUUCUAUAAAAUAUUCCAUAAAUAUGUAGUGAAUUUGAUUUUUAUACGCUUAUUUCUGCGCAAAACUAACAAAAUAGUCCACAGUACGUAUUAAUAAUAAUUUUUAUUUAUUAUUUUAAUUUUAAAAUUGCAAAAAAUUUAUUCAAAAAACUGCGAUAAAAAAAAUUUUUAAUUCAUAUAAGAAGAGACCGAAAACGAAAAAUUAAAAAGUAAUUAAUCCAACAUUCAACUUAACAGGGUGUCCCUUGAAAGCGCCCCAAAAAUUUCGA